UGAGAGCUCCAAAGCCAAGCGAGUGCGACAAGCCUCUGCCAAAAACGACUCCUGCUCGAUGACCUGGGAGAAAGUAGCCUUGUACCGAGGAGGCGAGAAAUCAGAGUUGCAACGGGACCCAGCGGCGCCGCCGUGCCCGACUCCUGAGCUGCAGUUCAGGCCCAGCGGCCGUUACUCGCCAUUGCCGCCACUCUUCUAGUUCGCGCGUCGAGAAGCUUCCACUCUGGAGGGCCCGCCCCGUGAUUGGCUGUCAGCGUGAAGUCGGUUCACUCCCGAAGUUUCGAAGGAACGGAGACAUCGCGUAUACCAUCAACACGGAUGAGUCCGAGUCAUUCGAACAAGUGCUGCCGAACCAAAGAGGUCAGUUCAGUCAGUCUUCGGGCCAUCGGAAGAUCCUGGUUGCUGGACGAAGUUCAUUCCCGAGUGAACUUUUCGAACAGUAGCAGAUUCGACGUACUGGCACGCUACUUCCUUUAGUUUCCACGUUCGUGUUUCGAUUAUUUUUUAUAACUGUUGUUCUGUGAAAAUAUUACACUUUCCUGCCUUCAUAAAAUUAGCCUAAUGAUUCAAGCUUCUAGAAGCAUUUUGCACUCUUCAUGUGAUUGCAACAGUUUACAAAGCAAAUAUAAGUGUGAUGUCAACGUAUUUAAAAAUUAUCUAGCCUUUCUUGUAAAGUUUUUGUUAUAUUCUUGAAUGACUCAGUUUUCUAUCACUAUUAUAUUUCAAAAAUAAUAACCAAAUAUUGUAUCGUCUUCAUGUAUUUAAAAAAUGUUCGCAGUUAAUGCAGCAAAAGAAAUCAAACAACCUGAAAUUAAGAAUUUUCAUGUUCUCUACAUGUUUUGCCACUGAGUAGCUAACAAUCAUCACCUAAAUAAUUAUAAUAAUUAGGUUACAGCCAUGCUGUUAGGAUUUCGAAGAAAUUCUAGGAAUACUCGGACAAUUUCGAAUUUCUAUGUGGUAAUAACAUCUUACACCGCUUUCUUGACGACAAUAACCAGCGUUUAACCAAACGAAAUGCACGGUUUGAAUCGGUUCCGCUGUGACUGCAGCCUGAGCUAACUCUUCAUAUUUCUUCGCCGGCCUCAUGUCCUUGUAUGUGUACUUAAUCUGCCUUUGUUCAAACUUUACUUCUACUACUAGAGGUUCGUCGUGUCCCCGUCUUGCUCUCGUCGUAGUCAAUGCAACGUUCAGUAUGUGUGCGCUACGCCUAUUUUCUCGCAUGGUCGGAUCGUUUUUGUUUCAACACCAACAUGGUUUCUUUGCACAAUUAUCACCAGCUCAUCUCACUAACACUUACAUGCUCUACACUAUCGCACAUGUCGGGAGGCCAGUCGAGAGCUUAGAACUUGUCUCUGCUGGAGCGGUGUCCAGUUGAGGGAGGUUCCUGGAAACGGAACCUCGCUAACGGACAUGUAAAAUCUGUGCCGAAUCUCAUCAGUGGGGUCGGAAUACAGCCAGCUCCCGGAAUACACAUGCACUACACUAACGGGACUAACGACCAUAGUAGUUGACGCGCCCGAAAACAAAUACACACUCACUAAUCACCAGAAGAAAUGCAAAGUAAAAAAUAUGUUGCAAAGCAUGAGCUUACUUUCCAGCUCUUCCAUUACGUUGAUUCGCAAAAUUUCUCGUUAGGGUCGUAACCUUCAUUUAAUGUCAGUGGAUGAAGAAUAAGUUAUUCCGUUUCAUGAAACAGUUUGCAGUACUUACCUCCGCAAAAAUAAAAUGUAAAUUUUCACACUUGAUAUGACACAAAUGAACAAUUUAUUCAAUUAAGAACAGUGCACAAUGUGUAGUAUUUUCAUCAAUGCAUCAAUGUGAUUUUAAAAAACAAAAAGUUUGAGAAAAUGCAACAAAUUGAAAUCUGGGAAACACAAGAUUGAAUCAUGUUCUCUGGGUCUCCAUUGCAACUAAUAAAAAAAGGAUGUGUAAUUGUCUCGUGAAACAGGAAUUUAGUAAAUAAUUGUAAAUUUUGCUUUGUCAGUGUGUGCUUAGCUUUCAUCCCAAUACCUAACUGAAAAUGUUGCUUUGUGAAUUAUUUUUUCUAGUUACACUAGGCAUUGUUUGUGCCCUUCCUUGCCCACCAGAGUGGAUGCAUCUUUGUUAUUGGUGCUCAACGAAUAAUGUGCAAAAAAUUAGAACAUUGCUAGUGUUGUGUUAUAUCAAAUUUGAAGUUGAAGGAUUUAGCAGAAAGAAAUAGUUUUUAUAUUGCCAUUCUGGAUGCUUAAAAACUAAGUGGAGCAAUAAUUUAAUUCAAUCAAAAGUCAAGAAAAAUUUUUAUAAUUGCAUUUUCUGCAUCAGGUCAAAUGUCAUAAAUUGUCUUUUGAGGACAAUUGUAUCCUUGUGGCCAUCAUCUCUGCUAUAAAACACAGAAAGAUAAUUAUGCUCUAAAAUUCAUCAAAAACAUCAGUAUCAAGAGAUCCAAUAUGCAAUAAUCAGGAAUUUUUAUACAUUUAUCCAAUUGACUGAAAGCUUUAUCCUUCAACUUGACACACUUGUGCUUUAGGUGUAUUUCUUGUGAGACAUUAUUUGAGUAUCAUGUGUACUGAUCUCUUUUGACAACGGCAACUAGUCUCAACAGCAGCUACACUUAUCUUUGUCUUCCUCAGUGGCAUUGCUAGGGGGUAACUUACUCUAGGGGAUAUCAGUAAAAGCAAUCAUACCAAGUGUUAAAUUUUACUCGGAGCAGAGAAAAAGUCAAAAAAUCAAAUUGGAUCUAUUACUUCACUCACUGAACACGAAAGAAUUUCUAAUAAAUGUAUGUACUAUUUGAAAAAUUGAAAGAUUUGUCAUUUAAUGUAGGUUCUGUAAAAAAAUCACACAUUUUUUAAACAUUUUCUACAAACAUAAAGUCAUUUUGCGAAUCAGCUGAUAUUGUUGAGGAGGGUGGUACAACAAGGUUUUCACCCCUAGUGACAUCAGCCCUAGCAACACCACUGUUCUUUCUUUUUUAGUCGUUGAAUUCAUGUACUGAAAGCAAAUAAUGCUCUUUUAUCAUGACCAUCCUGAAAUUCUUCUGCCCUCUUUGUCUCUCUCUUACUGUGACCUAUAUUCUUUUGUUUUAAAUGAAGACUAGUUAUGCAUAUGAAUUCCUCAGGUAUAAAAAUAGUUCUUUGUAAUUGUGGAUCAGAAAUACUUUAAUAUAAUGGUUAAUUGUGAAAAUUUUGUUGUGACCAGCUUCCUCAUAUCUCAUGAUGAUUCAAUUAUCAUGACUAUAUGAAGAGACGCAGCUCAAAGAUGAAAGCUCAAUUGCUUUCUUAGUACAUUCAUGUGCUCAGAAAGUCAAAAAAAUUAUUCUUCUGGAUACUAUAUUCUACUUCAAAACUGGAAUUAAACAAAAUUGUUAGUCACAUCUGUUUACAGAAAAAUUAAAUAUUGGGAAAAUCAAUAAAUUUGUGUAGUGGUAACAAAAUUUUCUUGCAGUUGUAAAAUAUUUGCUAAAGAAGUCGUGAAACUGUGAACAUACUGUGUCAGUGUUUCUGAUCUUCAGGUGACAAAUGUAUCCCUAAAUAAUACUGUAAUGUGCUCUACCAGGGUCAUUGUUUGUAUAUUUGCAUAUUAAUUGAAAAUGAAUUGUUACUCAUAAAAUUGGAACCAUGUUUGUUGCAAUAUCACAAAAGCUCAAUAUUCUAUACCAGCACUAGGCAUCUAAACACAGACUCAUAUCUUAAUCAAAGAAAUAAUUGCAUUUAGUUGUAACAUUUCAUCAAGAAGUUAACUGUUCAAAAUAUAUCACUUUCAUAAAAGCACGAUAAAUCACAAAUGGAAUGUAAAUGAAUUCCUGGCAAUCACACCUACAAGAAAAGUGAACGAUCAAUUCCAAUAGAUCAAAAUUCUGUCAUUGCUUGAUCUUCAUUAGAAAUCGGUAGUGAACAGAUUCAUUAACCUGUAAAAGAAUGAAAUUAAAACAUUUCUUAAAUACAGCAUGACUGAUCAAAUAGAAAAAAAAUGUUGAAAUAAUUGAACAAUCAUUGAAUAUCACAUUCUAUCCAUAGAAAAAGCCUGAAUGUAUCCCAGACUAUCUCUGUAUCUUGGUGGUGAUGGUAAGAAUUGUAAAUCUGAAAUGUUUGUUAAGCAGUUGUGUAAACAAACUUAUUACAAUUACUUUAAAUUAUUAAUAUUGAUUGAUGAUCAAAACAUAUGAGGACUUUACUUCUCACAAUUAGUUAAUUAAUUUUAAAAACAAUUUCCAAAAUCUGUUAAUAACAAAAUGUUUAAUGCCUAAACUACUCAUUGACAAAUCUAUUUUAUAGAAAUUAUUUACAAAAUUCAUUAACCUUUCUGUCUUAUAAAUCCUUAAAGGAAAAAACACAUAAUUUCAUAAACAGCAAAUGAUAUUUUAAUGUUUCCUGACCUGGCAAAAUGAAUUAUCUGAAAUUAUUAUUUAAUAUGACUUAACAGAUAUGAAAAUACAAAAUUUAAAAAGAACAUUGCCCUCAAAAACUGUAACAAUUAAAAUAUGGAAGCAUUGUGAACAAUGCAUACUUCUUUCUUAUUAUAAUUUGAAACAUUUGUGUAAAUUAUGUUACAACUUCAUAAUAUGUAUUAAAAAAUAGAUAUUUUAAAAGAAAUAUGAUUUUCAUAUGGCAAAUUGCUAGAAAUGAUUGAAGAAUAAUUGAGUAUAAAAUUAUAAAGUUAAUCUGUAUCAUAAUAUUAUAACCUGGGGAACUAACUUUCUUCUAUCACCACCAGAAAUGAAAUAAACUAUUGCUUAGGAAAAAUACCAUUUUGAAUACAAAUGAAAUUUUGAUCAAGAAUCAGCUUUGAGGAAAGAAGAACACAAUAUAAAAUACUUCAUAUCAAAUAAUGGAUACCAUACCAUAGGCACCAAAAACCUUCAUUAAGACUUGUAUCCAUAAAAACUGAACAAACUGUUAGUGAUUGUAAAUUAACAUGAUACUUUGACAAUAUUUCCAAAACAUGAUUGUAUUCAUCUGAGCACAAUCGUUACAUUAUUGAAGAGAGAGACCAAGAGUAUCUUCUCUGAUUACUGACAAAAGGCACUGUGCAGUCAUUGGUUGUAUUGUAUUUUACAGGGACUCGUAACCAUAAUAUAAACGCACAAUUGAAUAGAUAUAGCACAAACUUUCAGAAUGUUUAAUAUCAUUUUCCUCCAUUUCCUGAAAUUGAUAACCUACUACUGAAUUUCUUUUUGUUACUUUAAAAAUUUGUAUUUUAAUUUACUAGUCUAAUGUAAACAAACAUGAACAGAACAUAAAUAAUUAUUUGAAUCACAUUAUCUUUGCUUAAUGAAUGAAAUAACUGAAUGUAAGAAUAAUAUAAAUUUGAUCUGUUUUGUGAAAAUGUUUCAAUGAAUAUGUUGAUGUAUGUGAAAAAUAGCACAAAUGUUUUAGUUAUCCUAAUGUGUGUGUGAGUGUGUGUGUAUGUGUGUGUAUUUGCCAGUUCAUUUUCUUGUAUGGGUGCGAAAGACUAUGUGUUUAUCCAAAAAUUGCAGACAAUGUUUGAAUGAGAAUGAUUAUCAGAUUAUCAAUCGUAUAUCUCAAAAGGAGGAGGUUUUGUUUUGAAAGAAUACGUGGAGUGUUCAUGUGUAUUUUUGAAUAAGAAAACUUGAUGUUUAGUGAAUCAGUUAUAAAUGACCAAAAAAAGAAUGAGUUAUAAACGUCUGGUGAACUUAAAAGUUUUGCCCAUUGAAUCCAUCAGAUACCUUCCAAUUGCUGUGAGAUUACUUCCAUAUGCCCACACACAUUACAUUAGUGGUUCUAAAUCAUUGUUUGGCAAGAAUUGAAUUGAGAAGUGAGUCAUAUGGAAGUAUUUAAUAAUAUAUCCACGAUACUGAGCUUUAGACUAUAUCUUCCAUUUCUCGCAAAUGGUAUAUGAAUAUAUGUCUACCUGUAUGUAGGAGAAUAUGUCACCCUAAUAAUGACACCACCAUUUCUGAGGGCAAAGAUGAUAUUAAUGUGAACAAACACAAAAAAGCAAACAUGUAUUUCAGUCAUGACACAAAUGAGAAGAUACAUAAAAGAAUAACAAUAAUAAUUUUAAAAACAGGACUUGCAUGGGGACCCCACAACAAGUCACAAUAUCAAAACAUUAACUGAAGAAAAAUAAAACUACAAUAUAUCUUAUGUAAAGUUAUUUAUGUUGAAAGAAAACUCUUUUGUUAGUUAUAGGAUGAAACCGUUAAUGUAACUUAAUUGUUAAUUUUAAAGU